GGUUCCUUUGUCGCCAGCGUUGCCGCACGCACUGCCACUCCCAGUACCGUUCCCCUCUGCCCUUCGCCCCCCCCCUCUCUCUCAUGGCGGACUCCUCGAGCUGCCCAGCGAAACCCUAAUGGCGAGCUGGCGUCGCCGACACGCCACCGUGCCGUAGCCUCGCCGCCACGAGCUCCGGUUGAAGCUCGUGCAGGAUACCACCAGCUACUCUCUCGGUUAGGUAAGAAAAGUAGGAGAAGUGUCGCCUCCGUGAGGCGCCAUGGGGACCGAUCUGAAGGAGAUGAAGUACAGGCGAAGGAUUGGGCUCGAGGAGCGGCCGCAAUGCAGCGAGCAGAGAGGUGUCGACUGGGGCGUGCUGAAGCAGGACCCUGUCGAGCUGCUGCGUAAGCUGGACGAGCUGAGGGACCAGAUCACGAGGUCCUGCCAGAUCGCCGAGCAGCCGCGGGAGCACCGUCGGGUGGGCCGCCGAGCUGUCUCGUUGCUCCCUGAGCCUCCUGAACCACCACCUCUACCGGGGUAUCACCGCUCACGCUAUGGUGCCCGGUAUGGGCAUGGCUUGCCUCUGAGCCCAUGUGAGCCUGUGCGCCCUGAUCAUGGGGAGAGGUAUGCGAGGCAGUCAAGUGGGCGAUAUCGCCAGUACCCAGGGAGGCAUUGGGAAAACAGCGGGAUUGGACAUGGGAAUUACCACCAGUAUGCCUGUGCGAGUCCGCAUUCUGUGCAUGCACACAGGGCUGCACCACAAGAAGAGCACAUACCCAUGGCAAGAUACUUUGGUGGGCAGCAUGAAUGCUACCGAUUUGAAAGGUCGCCAUCUGUUUCAUCAGAUUAUGACCAAAGGUCUGUGGCUUCAUCGCUUUACUCACAUCGCUCGGUGUCAAAGAAGAGGGCCGAGUAUUUCAGGAAGAAGGCAGAGCACCUCUGCCGGCCAGUGCAUGGCGCUGCACCGUUUGUUAUUUGCAGUUCUUGUUAUAAUCUAUUGCAGGUGCCUAUGGAAAAAUGCAUGGGGUGGAAACAGAAACGGCUACAGUGUGGGUCUUGCUCUGAGACAAUCAGUUUGAAGCGCAGGGAAGAUAAAGUUAUUCCCUAUACGAUGUCAGCCUCCUUCAGUUUGUCGAAGACCGAUCAAAGCUCGCAUGAUCAGAUGAGGCAAGAUUUCGAGCAUCAACACGAUGACGAUGUCAGUGCUGCGUUCUAUAAUCUGAAUGAGCACAGCAGCAUGCAAAUCAACAUAGAUUUUGGUGAUGAUAAUUCAGUUUCUUCUACCGUUAGUCAUGAUAGGAAUGAUAAAGAACGUGGCUCAAACAGGAGCAUUCAGUGGAAAGCAGAUGGUCUCUCCCCAUCUCCAGGCAGGUAUGGAAUUGAGAGCCCAAAGGAUAUAUUAUGCGAAAGAGAUGCAGAUUGUGAGGUGGAACCUUCAGUAGAUGGUCCCAUCAGUUCAUAUUCCCCAGUUUUAGAGGACAAACUUGUUGAUCCAUUGUGCAGCCAGGAAAAGCAUAAUAAUUGUGAGGACCUACACACAGGCAGUAGACCGGACCUAAAUUGCAAAGGCGAAUACCAAGUUAAUGAUGAUGAGAGUGUAAGCACGGGAAGUGAACAAAAGGUCAAUGAACAUGAACUUGAAGAGGAAAACAUGUGCAAAAGACAUGAACAGAAGAGCAAGGAAGAUCACUGUAGCCUUGAAGAUGUUGGCAAAAUGCACGGGCAGAAUAGUACAAAAGAUAACACUGGUAUUCUUGAGAAUGGAGAUGAAAAGCAUGAGUGGACAAGCAAAAAAGGUGACACUAGCAGUAUUGAAAGUGAAAGUAUGAGCAAGAAAUAUGAACAGAAGAGCAGAGAAGAUGGAACAAGCGGCCUUGAAGGUGAGAACAUUAGCAAGGAGUUUGAUGAAAACAACAAAGAGGAGGGUGACAGUGCCCCUGAGCAUGCUGACACUUACCUUGAAGCUGCAAGCACAAGUGAGAGAUAUGAAGAAAAUAUAAUGGAACAAGAUAAUGGAAGAUUGCAUCAGCCAUGUGUUGAGGAUGCCAGUGCCCUAACAGAGAGUGGGUCGUCAGUUAAUGAGCGCACAAAUUCUGGUUUUUCUCGUGGUUCUUCUGAGACUGGGUUAGAUGAAGAUCAAUCCUCAACUGGUAAGAGUGGAGAUUCAUCGUUUUUUGCUGGUUUCUUGAAGAAGGGUUUUAAGGACCUUUCUUUAUUAAAGCAGUCCAUGGACAGUGUUAAGGUUUCAAUUAAUGGCCAUCCAAUCUCUGAAAGAGCUCUUAAGAAAGCAGAGAAGAAAGCUGGCCCUGUUGAGCCUGGUUCGUACUGGUACGACUACCGAGCUGGAUUUUGGGGUAUCAUGGGGCGAGAAUGUAUUGGCAUCAUCCCUCCAUUCAUAAGAGAAUUCAAUUAUCCGAUUGCCAGAAAUUGUGCUGGUGGGGAUACUGAUGUCGUUGUCAAUGGUAGAGAACUUCGUCAGAGAGAUCUAGAUUUGCUUGUAGGAAGAGGGCUUCCACGUAUCUCUGGGAAAUCAUAUUCUGUUGAGAUUUCUGGAAAUGUUACUGAUGAAGCAACUGGAAAGAAGCUUCGUAGUCUUGGCAAACUUGCUCCCACAAUCGAGAAGCUGAAGCGUGGUUUUGGUAUGCACGUCCCUGAAGAGUAUAGGUAGCUGGAUACAAGACCGGCUCCUGCAUUGCUAGUAAUAAUCACCUCCCUCAAAGCUACCCGUUGGAGGCCAAGUUUGUGAUUUCUACUAAUCAUGACAUCCAAGCUUUUUAAGUAGUACUUCAGUGUUGGUGUGCAGAAAAUGGUAGUACUCGAGAAGCUGUGAUCACAUGAUCUUGUGAUUUUACUACUGAUGACCUUGUUCCAACUAAUUCAGUUCCUUUGCUGAAAGCUAUGUUUGAAAAUGAUUCAAUUUGCCAGGCAGCUCUAACUUAUCUGCAGCCUGUACAUGUUUUCUUAUGCGUGUUAUUGUCUUGUUGAUACGUUUCCUCAACACAGGAAGCAUUAGAUAUAUGUGCAAUUAUCGGCCUGUAAUAUAUUCAUAGAGCUACACCUUCUCUAGUAUAUAUAUGUACAUAUGUUACUCUUGAAUCACCUCUUCUUGGUA